ACAUCAGGACUCUUAAGAGAAGACGAAGUCUCGAGUUUCUCUCUUGAACUCAGAAAGCUUCUGGCGAACUAUUUUUUUUUUCUACAUCGUGAUUCCUUAACCUUCAGUUGAGUCAGAAUGAAAGUUGUCGGACCUACCUGUGCGCUCAAGAACAAGGGAGGAGAGGACGUCGUACGAUGUCUCUCUGAUCAAAGCCUAACCAUCUCCAAGUGUAAAAUCCCACUUUUGGAUGAGCAGAUGAGCAUGUUCUUGCAGGACAUGAACAGCUGCUACAGCAAACUUAAGGAGCUGGUGCCUACAUUACCCACGAACAAAAAGGCGAGCAAGGUCGAAAUCCUGCAGCACGUUAUUGACUACAUCUGGGAUCUGCAGGUUGAACUGGAUGAGCCAGGGAAGAAAACCCAGCAUCCAACGAACAGUGCGCCUCGUACUCCCCUCACCACUCUAAACGCAGAGCUUGCUAGCAUCACUGUUGAGAAUGGCUGUUCGGAUGAUCGCAUCAUGUGCCGUUAAAAGUUGAAGUUCCAGGCCCUCGAGCCGUCAACAGCAAGCGAGCAUAACGAAGAACGAACAAGGUUCAAGGGAAUGUUGUAUUGUACAAGUCACCCAGAGAAACCUUGAACUAAUGUAGGGAAAUUUUUUAAGUCCCAAGUAGCGGAGGAGACUUUCGACUGUGACCCAGAAAACAUGAGGACAUUCCUAAACCAAAUUUAACUGUAAUCCCUCUGCUUGUGGUUACGGGAUGAAAACUCGUAGACUAUAGGCCACCUACAUCAAUCAAUUCAGUCCCCCGGGCAACUUAAGUUUUGUUUUUUUUUUCUAAGAGGUCAUUAUGUUUCUCCUAUGUUUUGUAUUAUGCCAUACUUGUAGAAAAGUUUAUUUUGUUAUAAAUGUCAAUUUCUCAGAUUACUGAGCGAAAGAAUGUAUUGUAUAUUACAAUGACAUACAAUGUGAACAUCAUAUUGUUUUUUUACAAUGUCUUUAAUUUGUGUUUUUUAUUAAAACAAGAAAUUUAUUGGUA